CUGCCUCUGCCUCGACGAGACUGAGAGUCUCAGCCCUUAGGCUUUCACCUCUCGUAUAAAUCGCCAGGAGAAGGGGAAUCGAAACUGAGAAGCUUCUCUGCCUGGUGAAAGAUUAGGGCUUUAACCAUCUGACUAUCCGAGGUUGAGCCGGUAAGAAGAACAGCUAGGGUUCGGUCAAAAGACUCUGGGUUCAAUUCGUCACUCCUCUAGGUUGAAGCCCGUAGUCUCAAAACAGAGAUCUUCUGAGAUUUUCCUAGUGAAGCAAGAAAGGGAAAAUUAGGCGAACAUGUCGAAGCCUUCUUCUUCUCCCGGGAGUGAGCAACCUCAAUCAAUCGGAGACGGUGACCGUUCAGCUAAUCUAUCUCGCACUUUCAAGUACUUAUUGGCUACACAGUUUUUGUCGAGAGGAAUCCCAUUUAUAUUCAAUUCGUGGAUCGUCAGACACCUUACCGAAGAAGACUAUGCGAUGUAUGCUAUACAAUUUCAUCUGUUUGUCACCUGUGUCUUGUUUCUUAGUCGAGAGGGUUUUCGGCGAGCAUGCAUGAGGGCAGACAUCAGAUGCGAUGAUUCUUCAAUGGCUGAAAAUGCAGCAAAGCUUUUGAAAGUAGCCUGGAUGAUUCUCCCACUUGGAGUAGUCAUUACAAUUGCAGCAUGUAUAUUUGUUUUCUGGUGGCAAGCACUAAGUUAUUCUAAUCCAUAUGGGCAAGCUAUCUUGAUUAAUGGAUUUGCAUGUAUGCUAGAGCUACUGGCAGAACCCUUAUAUAUUCUUUCUCAGAACUUGUUGCUCCUCAAACUACGGUUGAUGGUUGAAACUGCAGCUACUCUUUUCCGUUGUGUAACAACGUACAUCCUCAUCGUCAAGCAAACUGACAUGGAGAAAGGGAUUGUAUUUGCAUUGUCACAAACUGCAUUUGGGGCUUGCAUGCUCUUUGGUUAUUGGGUCUACUUCCUUCUUUUUCAUAGAUAUAAAAGUUCCAAUCUUUUUCCUUUCAGAAUAGGACGUAUGAUGGAUUAUGAUAGACAGCUGUCAAGCAUGUGUAUGUUGUUUACCCUUCAAUCAUUUCGGAAGUUGAUCCUGCAAGAAGGAGAAAAGAUGGUCCUUGUAUGGUUGGAUACACCAUAUAACCAAGCUGUAUAUGGACUCGUAGACAAGUUAGGUAUGCAACAGUGCAAAACACUCUGUGUACUGCAAAUGGUUGAGAUCGUUGGAUCUGGAGCUUUCUUAAUGACUAGUUACUCUUGAUCUGGAAUG